AUGGAUGACAUACCUUCUCAAUUGGAAAUCUUACCAAAUGAAAUUCUUAUUCAUAUAUUUCAAUAUUUCGAUGCUCGAGAUUUAUUUCAAACAUUUUAUAAUCUUAAUUUUCGUUUUAAUAGACUUCUUCAAUCACUCAAAUAUCUUUCACUUACUAUGUUAAAAUAUAAUUCUAAUGAAAUUCAUGAUUAUAAUAUAUUUGCUCCUUACAUAUAUACACUAGUAAUAGAUUAUGCAGUUGAUAUUGAUUUAAAUCAAUUUGUAAAUCUUCAUCGUCUUAUUUUAUUAUCUCCAACAUCAAAUCAAUUAAAACAAAUUGUAUUUAAUAAUUUAUCUUAUUUAGAACAUCUUUCAGUUGGAUAUGAACAUUUUCUUUUUUCUUAUUAUAUUCCUGAUUUAUGUAAAAAAAUCUUUUCAAAUGAUUUUCCUUGUUUAAAAUCUUGUUCUCUUUUCGAACCACGAGUACUUGAAAUAAUACCAAAUCUUACACAAACAACACAAUUAUGUAUUUUAAAAAUGGAUAAUAUUGAUCUAUUAGCAUAUAGACAUAUAUUAAUAUUAUGUCCUAAUUUAUAUUUAUUUCAAUUUACAAUGUUAAAUCAACAUGAAGAAUUACAUUAUAUUGAACCACAUUUAAAUCUUAAAAAAAUAAUUAUUAAAUUUCAAAGUCUAAUUAAAUCAAUAUCAGAUUGUGCUAUGAGUCAUUAUUUAUCAUGUGUACCAAAUUUAGAACAAUUUAUUGUUCAUGAAAUAAAUUUUGAUGUAAAUAUAAAAGAAUAUCUAGAUUAUAAUUGGUUUGCUUCAUUAAUUGAUAAACAAUUACCAUUACUUCGUCAAUUUAAAUAUUAUCUUCAUGCAUAUGGAAUUAAACAGAAUAAUGAUAAUAUAAUUAAUCGUAUUGAAGCUAAUUUUAAACAAAUACAUAAUAAAAAAUAUCAAUCUCGACUUAUUCUUAAAUUAUUACAUUCAUUCCCAUCAGAUUGA